GACCUCAUACGAGUGGCGGCGGUGUCAACCCAAGGCUCCCAGAGCCCCAAAAAGCAAAGUGAAUUCGAAAUAUCAAAUAACGGAAAUAUGGUGAGCUUGGUUUGUUUCUGGAGGAAAGCGAGUUCGGGUACCGUGAAAAGAGAACGAGAGGUUAUGCUUGUCUUUCAUGAUCACUAAUCGGUUAUUUUCUUACCAGACUCCGUCCGGGGUGGAGAUGUGGAACAGCGGUUCGUCCUCUUAUUCUCUUCCCGAUGUAUCGAGUCCACUUCCGUAUAUUUCAGGUCCAUUAGCAACCGUGGUGUGUUCCAAAAUAGUUGAUUCAAAUAGGGGAGAGGGCAGCAAGACCCAAGGAAGGGAAACACGGUGUUGUUUUCCUAGAGCAUAUCGAAAGUCCUUGCAAAACCCUCAAGUCAAAACCAGCCUGAACAGACCAACCGCCAUGGCCAAGUUCACGUUCGAAAUUGACGUCUAUUCUGACCCGAUCUGCCCCUGGUGCUAUAUCGGCAAGGAAGCCCUCGACAAAGCGAUGGAGUCUUACCUGAGGGAGCACCCCGACACCGACUUCAAGUUGACGUGGAAGCCGUACAUGCUGUGGCCGAACGCGGGCGUCUCUGGUAGGUAGUACUUCUGUGGGAAAGGAACUGAAGCCGACUACUACACUACCACCACUACACCACCACCACACUCACCAUUAAACACCCUACCGUCCAUCACAAAGCCACUGACCACUACACACGGUAGCCUACGACAAGGGAACGGUC